GCCCUCGACAGUCAGUCGAAUUUCAAACGCUGAGCGAUCGAGUGUUACAUGAUAAUUCGCUUUAAAAUAUUGGAAACUGCUAAUCAGCGUUGUAUUUCAACGAGUCACGAAUUUACGCAAACGUUAUUUCGCAUCCGUUAGCUUUGCAUUAUCUUUUGAGGUCAUAUUUGGAAACGUUAGGAAAUGGAACUUAGACGGCCAUUGUCAAACCGCAACCAAACAACCAAUUGGCGUUUGCUGGAAAAUUCGAGAAAUUUUCCCCAUCGUCCACCAUCAUCAGAGAAGCGUAAUUUUACACGGAUCAAUCUGGAUACAAAAUUUUAUGAAGGGCAAGAUGUGGAAGGCAUCCAUCUGUUGACAGAUUUCGACUAUGUGCGACAGCUCCAGAUGCGUUUGGGCCGCUUUGCUGAUGGACCCGAAGACUUCUUUCCAGCAAAUUGGCCCGUCUCACUAUCGAUGGAAAACAUCAGCAAGCUUACGCCCAGCCAGUAUGUGGUGGCUCCUAAACCAACUGGACCGCGUUUUCUUCUUUACGUUGACUCUUCCGGCGAUAUGUUUCUAGAAAACAUGACCCAACACAUCUUCCGCGUGGAUGAAGAUCAUGCCGUCAAGAUGAAUUCAUUCGAUGGGCGACCUAUCACUGACACUGUCCUGGACGGUGUCUUUUGUAAAGAGAAACGUAAUCGCGAUGACAAUUGCAGUGGCGGAGAGGAGAGUUCGGAGAAGUUGACAUUUGUAAUUCGGGAUGCAAUUCGAUGUGAGGGUUUGAAGCUGACAGACAUGGGCAUAAUGGAACGUAUUGAUUUUGUCAAGGAAGGAAUUAUGAAACCACGAUUGUACGCGUUGAAAAACAGCAAGGAGUCUAACGAAAAUGAGGCGUUCAACCUGGAUAUAGUCGAACACUUCGAUGCUUACCAAACUGAGAGCUAUUUGGACAAUGAAUUCGAAGAGCACUAUAAAUAUCCAUUUCGUUCAUUCGUCUUCUAUCCGCGAAGGAAGGGUUACGUCUGUGGAACCGAUUACGACAUCUUUAAAUGGACGGAAAAUGAGGUUCAGUUAUGCAGUUUUCGUCUUAGAAUCCCAAAAGGAAUUGAAGAACCGGAAGAAGCCGAUCUCCUCAUCGGUGGUCCUUACAGGACAGAAAUUAAAUGGGAAACAAUUCCGCUUACGGAUGAACUUCGAAAGCUCGACGGCCAGAUUGUAGACUGUCGCUAUGUAGAUCAUCAUUGGGUGUUCGUUAAAGAACGUCUCGACCGCAACCAUCCCAAUGGAAAGAGUGCGCUGUUAGGGAAAAUAGGUGCCCAAGAACAUCCCGUAUCGCGUGAGUUUCUCUUGACAUCUUUGAACAAAGACGCCAAAUUUCAUUGAAAAAACAAAUAUCAUGCAUUGUCAUUUAAAUAUUUAACAAAGAUUUCUGUUGAAAUAUGUCGGUAAUUGAACAGGGCACCCCUUUAAUCGUAUCUUAACCUGGAAAAAAAU